AUGGAUCCCCUCACCAUCGCGGUAGAGAAAUGGGAAAGGAAUAUACAGAAAGCCAAGAGCCCCAAGGACUACCUUCCUUUCCUGCUGUCCGACCUGGAGUUUGUCGAGAAAGCCAGGAUCCUGUACAAGGUAGCGACUCAGAAGGGUCUGCCAGAUCAUCUCUUCGAGCACCCUGAUGGCGCUGAGAAGAUAGGAUGCCAGCUUCAGCGUGCUGGCCAGUCUGACCUCACUCGUCUUCUAUGGUAUUUUCAAUUCCACCAGAAGAAGCCUAGUGAGAAUGUCAUGGGCUGGUGCGCUGCUAUGAUAUUAUAUGAUUCUCUCAGCCGAUGGCUCGUUCAGAGGGACAUCCGUGAGCGGGAAAAGCUGCGCUCCAAACAAAAGGAGCUCCAGCUGUGUACCUCGCCUGAGGAGCGCGCAGAGCUUGAAUCGGCCAUUGACAAGAUAGAAGAGGGCUUUAAGGAUGAUGCAGAUCUCUUCCAAGAAUUGUACCGCGACCUGUGGCAGCUACAGGAACACAUGCCAUCGGGACCCCUGCGCCGGGCCUUUUUGGCCUGGCGAUCAACUCCAGAUUGGUACUUGUGCGACUGGCUUCGGCGUGAAUGUGCCAGCCGUGGAGGCUGCUGUGGGAGGAGCUGCGGUUGUUGCGAGAAGCCGCGCGACACCGAGCGGGUGCUCAACCGGGGCCACUGUACUCCGGCGCGUUCCUGUUGCGCUCAGACACAUGGGGAAACAGAUGACGCCUUCGAAGAGAAAUUGGACGAGCUGGAAACUUUCUUCGUCGAGAAAGACAAUAUGUAUGCUCGCCGAUUGUGCCGGGCGUAUAUCUGGGGUACGGAUGUACUCAACGAGAUUGAAGACGAGGAAGAGUUCAACUGGGAGGCAUGGUUACAUGCUAAUAAAGGCAGGAGAGUCGAAAAAGAAAUGGAAGCUGUGGUGACCUUUACUGCUGAUUGA